AUGGACUACACUAUGGAAGACUCCCAGAACUCGGCACCCGACGCGCACGAGACCACCAAGCUGGGCUCAUCGUCGACUCAGAGAAAUGACACCCAGAGCGUGACCAAGCGCCUCCAAGCAGAACUGAUGCAACUCAUGCUCUCGCCAUCCCCCGGAAUCUCGGCCUUCCCUGACGCAGACGGCAACCUUCUUUCCUGGACAGCAACCAUCACCGGUCCGACAGAGACUCCCUAUGAAGGCCUCACGUUGAAGCUUUCGUUUUCCUUCCCGAGCAACUAUCCUUACGCGCCACCGACCGUCCUCUACAAAACUCCCAUCUACCACCCCAAUGUCGACUUCUCCGGCCGCAUUUGUUUGGAUAUCUUGAAGGACAAGUGGAGUGCGGUGUACAACGUGCAGAGUGUUCUGUUGAGUUUGCAGAGUCUGCUGGGAGAACCUAACAACGCGAGUCCCCUCAACGCCCAAGCUGCUGAGCUGUGGGACACGGAUAAGGAAGAGUACAAACGCCUCGUUCUGGCAAGACACCGUGACGCGGAAGACAUCGAAUAA